CUCAGUCAAUUAAAAGGUUCCGAUUUUGCAAUUGUAGUGAUUAAUCCCCUUGCAAUGGAUAUGUUUCGGCAUUAUUUAACGAGGUGCUCACAUCAUGGUCGUGACUCGCUCCCACUCCCCCGAGUCCCCAGAUAUCUCCUUCCUCCUGCGGAAGCCUGAGGAUCCUUCAGGUUAUUCUGUUCGCCAUCUGAUAUAUCAUGUCAUCUAGUUGGACACCAGACGAAUCGUCUCAAGUGCUUCUCGCAGAGAAAGGCUGGUUGCAGGGUGCAGUGGUCAGCUCCAUCGCAUAUGGCAUUGGUGUUACACUGUUCUUUAUGUGCUUCUACCUCCUCAUCCGGCAAAUUACCCGCACGAACUACAAAAAGACCCUGCCUCUACUCAUAUACAUCACCGUAGAUUUUAUCCUCGGCACCAUAUUUGUGGCAGUGCUGGCUGAUUUCACACAACUUGCAUUCAUUCAAUAUCGCAAUUAUCCAGGCGGUCCGAGCGCAUUUGAGAAUAACAUGUUCGGCAUUCCUGUGGACAGUGUUGGAAACGUCUGUGGUGUUCUGAUGAUGGCUCUUUCAGAUGGAUUGGUCGUUUGGCGCUGCAUGGUAAUUUACAGAGGGUGUAUGGUGCCAGUGUGGAUCAUCAUGUUGUUCCCUUGUCUGAUGUUGGGUGCAUCUAUCGUUAUGGGUAUAAUGUGGCUGCUUCAAUUAACCAGCAAUUCCCCAUUUUUCACCUCGGGUAGCAUCAACUACACCAUUCCAUAUCUCGGCCUCUCACUCGCACUGAACAUUAUCAUCACGAUCGUUAUCGUCCUUCGUCUACUCACAUAUCGUCAUCGAAUUUCCAAAGUUCUUGGCCCUGGCUACGGCACUCAGUACACGUCGAUUGCUGCGAUGAUAGUCGAAUCUGCCGCUCUUUAUUCCACGUUUUCGCUGGCACUUCUGAUACUCUUCAUUCUAAACAAUCCCAUCUUUGGAGCAUUUAUUGAAUUGCUGCCUCAGAUUCAGAUAAUUGCAAUGUUGCUCAUAGUUUUCCGGGUCGCGCAAGGAAAGGGUUGGUCUCAGGAAACCAUGUCUAGGGUCAUGACCUCGAAGCCGUCAGUGCAAGCGAUCCGUAUGGGUGAUUUCGGGUACAGUUUGCCGGAUGGCUCCAAAACGUUCACUAGUUCCUCUGGCAUUAGAGUGCAUGCGAACUACAAGAGUAGUGACCACAACUCAGCGGAAACGACUGUGUGAGGAAGGUCGCUUGGAUACUAAAAUAACAGUUGUAGAAUGCCCCGGGUCAGAGUACAUGUAAAACGAAUAUUUAUUUAGUAUACUUUGACAGUAGACCGGUCUCGGGAUUGUAUUGCUUGGACUUUGGACUUUUUUGAAUUUAUGUAACGAAAUCUUGCAUCGGCGUAGUCGUUCAGCC